AUGGCUUUAAGAUUUAACACCAAAGAUCAGAAGAAACACAAAGAUAAUUCAUUGAAACCUUUUCAUUUUCAAAUUCUCAAAGAGUGGGUUGGCACUAUUAUUCCUGGAGCCCCUCUUAUUCUCACCAUUCCAAACAUUCAUCGUCGCCAUCAUCAUCAUCAUCAUCAUCAUCAUCAUCAUCAAGAACUGCAGGAUGAAAGGCCUGGGGGCCUGUUUCUGGUUAAGAAAGAGGCCUGAAAUGUUUGAGUCUCCCAGGUGUCCCUGCACGAUCCACUUCUUUCUUGGUCUUCCUACAUCUGUCAAAGUGGUUUAUAUUUUAGGACAAUCUUUGGGAAUAUUUCCUCUUUCAUUGUUUUAAUAUGUUCCAGCCAU